AUGACGACAGCGACUGUCGUAGCCCAGCAGAGUGAGAACUUGGGACGGUUCCCUGCAACAUCCUGCAGCCGUGCCACGACUAGCACGCCCGCCACGCGGUUCAGAAUGAACGACACUCAACACCAGCAGCCGCAGCCGUUGCAUACAACCGACACCAGCCCGCAGCACCAGCAGCAGAACAGCACGAACGGCACGAGCACGAGCGGACUCGGGGCGGCCCAUCUCGCACUGCUCGGUGGCGCCUCCGGUGCCCUCGGCGUCAACGCCAACGGCAGCACCAACAACGGCCCCAGCAACAACAGCAACAACGGUGGCAGCAGCAACGGAAACAGCAAAAACCGCACCAUGUCACUGAGCGAAAGCAAAAUGGAUCUCCAUCUGCGAGAUCAGCAGCAGCAGCAGCAGCAACACCAACAGCAGCACCAGCAGCAACGGCAAGAUCAUCAUCAGUCAUCGCAGCACCAGCAACAGUCCAAUCUGCAACCGUCACAGCAGCAACAGCACCAUCAACAUUCGUUACAAAACCGACUCCGCGGGGUUUCACCGACGCCCUCGGAGCAGCAGUACGCCCUCAAGUGGAACGACUUUCAGUCGUCCAUUCUCUCAUCUUUCCGGCACCUGCGUGACGAGGAGGACUUUGUCGAUGUCACCAUUGCCUGCGACUCGCGAUCCUUCACGGCGCACAAGGUCGUGCUGAGCGCGUGUAGUCCCUACUUUCGCAAGCUGCUGAAGGCGAAUCCCUGCGAGCAUCCGAUUGUCAUCCUGCGUGACGUGCGCUCGGAGGAUAUCGAAAAUUUGCUACGAUUUAUGUACAACGGCGAGGUACACAUCGGACAGGAUCAAUUAAGCGACUUCCUCAAAACGGCCCAGUUGCUGCAAGUGCGCGGUCUGGCAGAUGUGACCACCGGCAACCCGACCGGCGGCCGUACGUCGGCCAACUCGUCCAUGCUGAACUCGUCAUUAUCGACACCUGCUGUCCAGGAGCUGAAGGCAUCACCCACUUCCACGUCGUUACCAUGGGAGCUGCCGGAGGAUAACAACACCGCCCCACCGCCCCAGAAGCGUACCAAGAGCUCCGAGCUGUACCGCAAGCAGCACGGCCUCAGCCCGGACGAUCCGAUCCCGCUCGAUCUGCUGCCGAUCGGGCAGCAUCCGCUGACGCGCGAACGCGACCGCUCGAAGGACAAGAGCAAGGACCACCACCACCAUCACCGUAGCACCUCCUCCGAGCACGACCUGCACCACCACCAUCACCACCGCGAGCGGGACCGGAGCCUCGAGCUGCGCGAGUCCCUCCUCGGCCAAGCGCUCGAGGGAGGCCCAACCCUAACCGUACCUUCGAAACAUCCCGAUCUGAUCUCGCUACAGGCCGCGGCUAGUGGUGACGACUCGAACAGCAGCGACAAUGGCGCAUCCGACCACGGCGAGGACGACGAGCUGAACGGCAACCUCGAGCACACCCGGCCGUCCUUCCCCUUCCUUGGGCUGCAGGGUAUCCCCGGGCUAAUACCGGGACCGUCCGGAAUCGGCGACAACUUCGAUGCGCGGCAACAUUGCGACGCGUUGAUCAAGGAGGAGAUCGAGGAGACGCCGCGCAGUGACGCCGACGGGGCGUUGUGUGACCGCCGGCGGCGGCGUGCUGAGCAGGAGCAAAAUGGGCUCGACUGCAGCACCACCAGCCGUCAUCAUCAACAGCAGCAGCAGCAGCAACAGCAUCGUCGGCUGGCGAAGCGGUUUAAGCGUCAUCAUUACGAUCAAUCGCACGCGGAAAAUCUGCAUCGGCACGGUAGGGCGUCCCCACCGGAGGACAUGACACCGUUCGAUGAGUCAACCGACGGGGAUCAGCGGGCGCUUGACGAUGUCCGGGAAGCACUGUCCCUGAGGCGGCAGGCCAGCACCAAUAACACCGAAGUGCCAGCUCGGCAAAAGCCGGCUUACAAUGCGAGCGGUGGCAAGCGGCCGCUUAACGAUCGGUACGACGCGGACGACGACGAACAGGGAGACGAGGACGACGGUGAACGGCGCGUGCCGCCGGUCAGAGGCCACGACGAUCGUGACGAUCGCCUAGCAACGCCACUGCGUGAUGACGACGAGGACGAUGAGGACGAAGAGGUGGACGCAGGCAGCGAGCGAAGCGAGUUGGAUCUCAAGGUGGACGGGCGGCUGUCGGCCAUUGCGACCACGCUGGACAGCGAAUACCACAAGCGGAUGGCUGCGGCGGGCGUGCUGGCGGCGGCUGCCGCAGCCAGCGCCGUCAGCAGCAUGAACGGGGCGGCGGCGCUGGGGGACGCGGGGAGCGAACAGGCGGCGGCCGAUUUCUUUGCCGCCCACCACAAGGCCGGAACGCACGAGCUCGCCCUCAAGCAGCACUUCAUCAAUGAGAAGGUCCGGCUGCAGGCACUGCUCCAGCGUCAGGCGCAGCAGCAACACCAACACCAUCAAAAGCUGGCCGGGUUCCUCCUUUCGACGGCCAGCACACCCCCGACGCCGACCCUCACGCCAACGAACGUACUGAAUCUCGGCCAGCCGGCCGCCUCCGAGAAACGAGGUGGCUCGCAGUCUCCCGCCAUCACUACCGGCGGUCGAUCUUCCGUGACGACGGCGGCGGCGGCUUCCGGUAGUGGUUCCGGUAAUGGUUCCUCCUCGACUGGCGGCUCCCAAAGCAACGCCAAACAACAAUCGGCCGCCUCGUCGGUAGCCGCCGUGGCAGCGGCCGCAGCCGCCGCUGAUCGACUGUUUGCAGCCGCCUACAACAACACGGGCUCCACGAACCCUUCCACUAGCAGCGCCACUAACGCUGGCAGCGCCGGAAGAGAUGCCGGCAACGGGUCGCAGCAGGGCCAGGUGUACCUUCUCCCUUGUCCGCUGUGCGAAGUCCCUCUCGAACCGCGCGUGUUUCGGCAGCAUCUCGACCGACACUAUCCUCGCGACAGCCCGGUCUGUCCGGUGAUUCAGUGUGGUCGCCGCUUUGCCCACCCGAACUCGGUGCGGAACCAUAUGCGCCUCAAGCACACGAACCAGUGGGCUCAAAUGAAGGCUAUGCGCUCGUCCGGGGGACCGUUCACCGGUAUUCCGUGA